CGACUCUCCGUGUUUUUCCUCGGUGGUCUCUUUAGAUUUUAAUUAGCCCACAGCAGUACGUUUGACAUUUUUACGACGGACCGGCGUGGGAGCGACGAUAAAAUGCAGCGCUCCGAUUAUGGCAAAGGAAUCUAGGUUUGAAGAUCUCUGAUUAUAUCAACUCCAGGGCCCAGAAGGAGGCUUUAUAAGGCGACUGAGGCAGACUCAGAGGAGAAAGGCCAGCAGUGCGUCAGACGCCCUCCUAACCACGCCGCUCCUGCCGUCUCUCUCCGUCCUCGACGCCAUGUCGAUCGCCAGCAACAGCCCGGAACGGGAGGGCUCGGCCGGCGCUCCCUCUCAGCUGGAGUGCCCGUCCUCCCCGUCCGGCAUGGACCAGGACCCUCCGUCGACGGGCAGCCCCGUGCUCAGCCCGGACUCCUCCUCCCACGAUGCCGCGCUGUCGGCGCCCGCCGCCUCCCCGGCCGACUCCGAGAACCUGAGUCCGGACGAGUUGGAGCUGCUGGCCAAACUGGAGGAGCAGAACAGAUUGCUGGAGGCCGACUCCAAGUCCAUGCGGUCGAUGAGCGGCUCCAGACGGAACAGCGGCUCCUCGCUGGUCUCCAGUUCGUCGGCCUCCUCGAACCUGUCGCACCUGGAGGAGGACACCUGGAUCCUGUGGGGCCGCAUCGUCAACGAGUGGGAGGAGUGGCGGCGCAAGAAGGACAAACUGCUGAAGGAGCUGAUCAGGAAGGGCAUCCCGCAUCACUUCCGCGCCAUCGUCUGGCAGCUGCUGGGCAACGCCACCGACAUGCCGGUGAAGAACCAGUACUCCGAGCUGCUGAAGAUGUCCUCGCCCUGCGAGAAGCUCAUCCGCAGGGACAUCGCCAGGACGUACCCCGAGCACGAGUUCUUCAAAGGCCAGGACAGCCUGGGACAGGAGGUCCUCUUCAACGUCAUGAAGGCAUACUCUCUGGUGGACCGAGAGGUGGGCUACUGCCAAGGCAGCGCGUUCAUCGUCGGCUUGCUCCUAAUGCAGAUGCCAGAAGAGGAGGCCUUCUGUGUGUUUGUGCGUCUGAUGCAGGAGUACCGUCUGAGGGAACUGUUCAAGCCCAGCAUGGCGGAGCUCGGCCUCUGCAUCUACCAGUUCGAGUACCUGCUGCAGGAGCAGCUUCCAGAGCUGAAUGUCCAUUUCCGGUCCCAGAGUUUCCACACGUCCAUGUACGCCUCCUCCUGGUUCCUCACACUCUUCCUCACCUUCCUCCCCCUGCCUGUCGCCACGCGCAUCUUCGAUAUUUUCAUGUAUGAGGGCCUGGAGAUCAUCUUCCGCGUGGGCCUGGCCAUCCUGCAGUACAACCAGACCGACCUCAUUCAGCUGGACAUGGAGGGCAUGUCGCAGCAUUUCCAGAAGGUGAUCCCGCACCAGUUCGACAGCUGCCCAGACAAGCUGAUCCUGCGGGCCUACCAGGUCAAAUACAACCCCAAGAGGAUGAAGAAACUAGAGAAGGAAUACACCACAAUCAAGAACAAAGAAAUGGAGGAGCAAAUUGAAAUUAAGAGGUUACGCACAGAAAACAGGCUGCUGAAGCAAAGGAUCGAGACUCUGGAGAAGGAGAGUGCUGCUCUGGCAGACAGGCUGAUCCAGGGCCAAGUGACGCGAGCGCAGGAAGCCGAGGAGAACUACGUGAUCAAGAGGGAGCUGGCGGUGGUGAGACAGCAGUGCAACACGGCCAGCGAGAGCCUGGAGAAAGCCCAGGACACCAUCCGAGAGCUGCAGCAGCAGAAGUACACGGAGCAGUUCGUCAGCAACCUGCAGACCCAGCUGGAGCAGUCGCGGCUGCGCGAGGCCGAGCUGCUCGGAGCGCUGAAGGAGAUGCAGGACAAGGUGCUGGACCUGGAGAAGAGGAGCAGCUGCCUGCCUGACGAAAACAACAUGGCGGCUCUUCAGGAGGAGGUCAAGCAGAUGAAGCUGAGGGAGCUGGAGACGCUGCGUUCGUUCCGGGAGAUGCAGGACUCCGUCGCAGAGCUCAACCAGCGCUGGCAGCAUCACAUGUCCCGCGGCAGCAGCACGGGCGGCGGCGGCGGCGGCCACUGGAAGGAGUCCCCGAAGAAGAACGCCAUGAACGAGCUGCAGGACAAGCUGAUGACGGUGAGGCUGCGGGAGGCUCAGGCCCAGGCCGAGCUCCGAGAGGUCAAACUCAAGGCCCUGCAGCAGGAGAGCCAGAACCAGAUCCACAGCAAGCUGAUCGGGCGCCACGAGCAGGAGCGCUCGGCCCUGCAGGACCGGCUCCAGAUGCUGACCAAUCAGAACAAGGCUCUGCAGGCGCAGCUCAACGAGAUGAAGAGGAAGCAGGCCGAGUUCGACUGCAAGAGUAAAGAGGAAGUGAUGGCGGUGCGACUGAGGGAAGCCGACAGCAUGGCCGCCAUGGCCGAACUCAGGCAGAAGAUCGCCGAGCUCGAGAUACAGAAGGAGGAAGGGCUGAUCCAGGGUCAGCUGAACCACUCAGACUCCAGACAGUACAUCAACCAGCUCCGGGACCAGAUCGCUGAGCUCAAGAACGAGAUCCGGCAGCUGCGAGGCCAGAAGGCGACGCUCGGCUCCAGAGUCGGCGGCGGCGGAGGAAGCACCGCCUACCAGGACCUGUGCCUGGCCAGCCCGGCCUCCGCCGAGGGAGACUACCUCAGCUCGGACGAGGACCUGCUGCCCAGCCCGCUGCCGCCCGCGGCGCUCUACCCCGGCCUGUCGGGCCCCCGCCACCCCUCCGCCCACCUGGACAGCGAGGGCAGCACGGACAGCGACCCCGAGGAGCGGGUGCAGACGCACCCGGACCCCCAGCAGCUGUACGGCGCCAUGGUGUGCGCCGAGGCGCUGGAUAACUGA